UUAGCCGUCAGACAAACGAAGUGCACGUGGAGAAAGACACGUACCCAACGUGAUUACAGCUUAUCACCUAAUGUCAAGUCUGGAAUUAAAUUAAAUUAAUCUGCAAAUGUCAUCGUUUGCACCAAAGUUUUGGAAGCCUGGUGCUGAAGCUCCGGGCCAGGCUUUGAAGGAGGAGAGGACUACAAUUGCUGAGGAAGGGGGGACUACUGUGGUGUACAAUCAAAAUGUAUCCCUGUCUCUUGAGCAACAGCGACAAAAACUUCCAGUGUUUAAGCUGAGGAAUCAUAUCCUGUAUUUGGUGGAGAAGUACCAGACAGUGGUAAUUGUUGGAGAGACAGGAUGUGGAAAAUCUACUCAGAUACCUCAGUAUUUACUGGAGGCUGGAUGGGGAGCAGAAGGUCACUUGAUUGGGGUCACUCAGCCGCGACGAGUGGCUGCUGUCACUGUUGCCACACGAGUUGCAGAGGAAAGAGGGGCUCUUUUAGGGGAUGAAGUGGGAUACACAAUCAGAUUUGACGACACGUCAGAUCCUACACGCACUCGAAUCAAAUUUUUGACAGAUGGUUUGAUGAUUAGAGAAAUUAUGGAGGACCCGCUCUUGAAGAAGUACAGUGUUGUUAUGUUGGAUGAGGCACAUGAAAGAUCACUAAACACAGAUUUGAUAAUGGGGCUUCUACGAAAGAUUCAGAAAAAAAGAGAGGAUCUCAAGCUGAUUGUUGCGUCAGCCACACUGGAUGCGGAGGAAAUGAAAGACUUCUUUAAUAGCAACUCAUCAGGGAAUCCAGACAAAGACACUGCUGCCAUAUUGAGUGUGGAAGGUAGAAAUUUUCCUGUGGAUAUCCAUUACACUAUUGACCCAGUUCCUGAUUACAUUAAGGCUACAGUAGAGACCAUCACUAAAAUUCACCAUCAGGAAAAGGAGGGAAACAUUCUGGCUUUUCUAACGGGACAGGAUGAAGUUGAAACUGUGACAAGACAAUUAAUAGAAGUGGCCAAGGAGUGCAUAAGGACCCAAGCUGCCAUGAAAAUGAAGGUUUUACCAAUGUAUGGUAGUCUACCUGCUUCAGAGCAGAUGAAGGUGUUUGAGAGAUGUGGAAGGACGACAAGGAAGAUUGUUGUGGCUACAAACAUAGCAGAGACCUCGAUCACCAUCCCAGGCAUUGUGUAUAUUGUAGAUUGUGGAUUUGUGAAGUUGAAGGCAUAUAAUCCAAAAUCAGGAGUUGAAUCUCUGGUGACCAUUCCUGUCUCCAAGGCCUCAGCAGAACAAAGGGCUGGGAGGGCAGGAAGAGUGAGGGCAGGAAAGGCAUACAGACUGUUCACAGAGGAUGGUUAUGGUGGACUUGAAGCAUCAACUGUCCCAGAAAUGCAGCGGUCAGACCUCGCCCCUGUGAUCCUUCAGAUGAAGGCUCUAGGAGUGUCCAACAUCGUCAGAUUCAACUUCUUAUCGCCUCCUCCUGCGCAGAACAUGAUUAGAGGCCUGGAAUUACUCUACGCACUUCAAGCUUUGGAUAACAAUGGCAACCUAACGUCACCACUAGGGCUGCAAAUGGCAGAAUUCCCCCUACCGCCCAUGUUCUCCAAGAUGCUGCUCAUGUCAGGUGAAUUUCAGUGCUCUGAAGAGGCGGUGAUAAUUGCAGCCAUGACACAGAUACAGAAUGUGUUUAUAACGCCACUUGGAGAGAAAUUCGCAGCUAAUCGUGCCAAGAGAAAUUUUUCUGUUGAGGAAGGUGACCAUGUUAGUUUACUAAAUGUGUUUCGCACUUUUAUCAAGUAUAAGAAGAAUUCCAAGUGGUGCAAAGAAAAUUUUCUGAACUACAAAGGCCUCUGUCGUGCAAUUGAAAUACAGCAGCAACUACAUCGUCUACUUAGAAAGUUCCAGGUUCCAUUAAUAUCAUGUCAAGCCAGGGUUGCUGUCUGACGUGUUUCAUACAGAUUGUUAGGCCGUUCUUGGUAUACUGAUUUUGACUACGGACAACUCCGUUUAUGUGAUCAGGAUAUAGGGCUUACGGCGGGUGUGACCGGUCGACAAGGGAUGCUUACUCCUCCUAGGCACCUGAUCCCACCUCUGGUGUAUCCAGGGGUCCGUGUUUGCCAACUAUCAUAUUUUAUAUUGCUUAUAGGAGUUAGGAGAUUGAUCACUGUUAUCUUCACCUUCCAGAAGUGGCUCUACAGGCUGUUCCCAAAAUCUUUUCUAUGAAACAACUGUUAAAAUCUGUAAAAUUAUGAUGUCUUAAAAGUAAUUGUUUGAGGUGACGUGCAACAGCGGUGCAGUAGCAAAUCUGUGACAUCAUAAAGGCUAUUUCAUUGUAAUGUUAGAAAUAUUAUACAGUUUAGUAAAUUUAGAUGAAAAAUACAAUUGUAAUGUAUACAUUAGAAAAAAUCAUAUCCACAGAAUUAAAUGCAGUUGACUUUUGGAUUAAAGUGUCUAAUGAAUUCGUCCUCCUUGCAUGGCUAUAAUUGCAGAUAUUGAUUUUUCAAUUCCUAUUUUAAAGAAUGGAAGUAUCUUGAAAUAUCUUAUUCCACAAUUUGAAAAUUUUCACCAUACUGUGUGUUAUGAGUUUUAGGGUCCUUUAUUUAGUGUUUAUGAACCCAGGUUGUGCAUGUUUAUGAGUUUUUCUUUUAGUGUUUAUGAACCCUGGUUGUGCAUGUUUAUAAGUUUUUCUUUUUGCCUUAUAGUAUUCUUUGCAGGUAGGGCAAAUGUCACAGUAUAUUAGGUUUUAAUUUCAUUUCGCAGUUCAUGUUGAAGUUGUAUGCCGUUUUUAGAAAUGAACUUUUGGCCUUCACGUAAGAUAUCGCAAGGCCCUCAAGGAUCACCACAUUUCUGUAUAUGAUUGGUAUUUUCUGACCAAAUGUGAUUGCCCUCUUUCAUGAUUUCAUUCUAUUUUAGAUAAUCUACAUGAAUCAACUCAAUUCAUAAUGGAAGCGACCAAAAUAUCUAAAAUUCAAAAUUUGAAAAUCUACCAUUUCUCGAUUUAUUUAUCAUAAAAGAGGGCCAUCAUAUUACCACUGAUUUAUAAAACAGCAAAGAAACGGACACUCAUCAAAAUCUAGAUUUUAGAUCACGUCACCCAUCACACACUAAACAUAAUAUCCCAAUACAAUAUGGCCAGAUAUAUAUGCACCAUCAUUACCGGUUCAACCUUAGGUAGAAAGAAAUUAA